GUUGGAAAUAACACAAAUCAAAUAUAGGCGCCAUUUGUCAUAGUGUUAGGUUAUGUUCUUACUUCUAACGAAUAAUCAACUGUUCCAAAUGUAACAAACAUUUUUCCUUAUAACGUGAAACAUUUAAUUAGUUAACGGAAAAAAAUAAAAAUGAACACAAUUGCACGAAUUGGUAUUCGUACAUUGCGUAGACAAUUUCCAAGUUAUAGCACAUUACCUCCAGAAGUUGUUAUAUUCACUGAUAAAAAUAUGAUUAUUUGUUGGCAUCCAAAUCAAGGCUUUCCUUAUGAAUACUCAAAGCCUAUAAUAGAAGAAGUACAAGCUAUACCAAAUACUGUAUUAAAAAUUGGUGAACAAGAUAUUUCAGCAAUCUUUAAAAAAAAGAAAGAGUAUGAUGUCGUUGCAGAAUUAGCAAAAUUAACCUUCACAACUAAGCAUAAAUGGUAUCCUCGAAGCAGAGAUAAAAAGGCAAAAAAUACUGAACCUGAUAGACCAUACUUGUAAAAUAUUAAAUUUGUAAAUUAUGUUGUGUAUGUAUUUUUGAAUUUGUGUUUAUUACAAGAAAAUAAA